GUGCAAUGACUCAAAAUAUGCCCACAGAGAUUUUGGGCAAGGUAAAUCCAAAAGAAAUUCCCAAUAUACAAAGCAUUACACCAGAUGCAGAAAUAGGUUAUAUGUUAGAAGUUAAUUUAGAGGCCCCAGUGCAUUUACAUGACUUCUUUACAGAUUAUCCUCUAACACCAGAAAAGCAGAUAGUACCAGAAAACUGGCUUAGCCUAUAUAACAAAAGAUUAGUAAAUAAUAAAGAAAUUGGAAAUGGAAAAUAUGUUUAUACUAUAUUUGAUAAUGAUGAUCAAGUUGAUGUGAAUCUUCAUGUUAAUAAAACUGUAAAUAUUUUAGAAGAUAUAUCAGAUGAUAUUACUAAAUUAUUUAUUUUAUAA